AAGAGCCUGACCUGGGCUGGUCCCCGCAUGUUCUGGCAUAUUCUCUGGGUCCGUCUUGGAAGCUGGCAACAUGACCCUGCAGUGCACCAAAACCACAGGACAUUGGAAGAUCGUGGUGUGGGAUGAAGAGGGCUUCCAGGGCCGGAGGCAUGAGUUUACGGCAGAGUGCCCCAGUGUGCUGGAGCUUGGCUUUGAGACUGUGCGAUCUUUGAAAGUGCUGAGCGGAGCGUGGGUAGGCUACGAGCACGCUGGCUUCCAAGGGCAGCAGUAUGUGCUGGAGCGGGGCGAGUACCCGUCCUGGGAUGCCUGGAGCGGCAACACUGCCUACCCAGCCGACAGGCUCACCUCCUUCCGACCGGUGACCUGCGCUAACCAUCGUGACUCGAGGCUGACCAUCUUCGAGCAAGAGAACUUUCUGGGCAGGAAAGGCGAGCUGAGUGAUGACUACCCCUCCCUCCAGGCCAUGGGCUGGGAUGGCAAUGAAGUGGGCUCCUUCCAUGUCCACUCGGGGGCCUGGGUUUGCUCCCAGUUUCCCGGCUACCGAGGCUUUCAGUAUGUGCUGGAGUGUGAUCACCACUCGGGCGACUACAAGCAUUUCCGAGAGUGGGGCUCGCACGCCCAGACCUUCCAGGUGCAAAGCGUCCGCAGGAUCCAGCAGUGAGCAGGGGGGGACCGGCGCUGAGGAGCCAACGCGUGCUUGUCUGGACGGAGGAGCUGUGGCGGUCCUUCCGUGCCCUCUCCUCUGCCUCCCCCUGUGCCCCGUGUGAGCCCAGCACCCAUGUGAGCCAGUUCAUGAACAGUCAGCACGAGAAACAAAAAGUAAUAAAAAAGAAGGUCUAGUGUUA